AACACUGCUGUGGAGGUUGUGGGGCUGAAUAGCGUAGUACUAAUUUAACUGUUCUAUUCCCACCUCCGACUAAGAAUCUAAAAGGAUAAAGAUAUUUGACGGCACAGGCGGUGGCGGCGGCAUGUUGAGGUCUCUUAAGAGCGUUGGCAGAGUAGUUUCAAGGUCAAGGGAAAGUCUUGGUGUUCCUGUUACUCCUCCACGUAGUGAUCCCUCUUCUUCUUCAUCUUCUUCUCACAAAGAACAACUUUCAUCAUUAUUAAACCCUCUCUCCUUCUCCUCCGCUCGAUUUCUCUACGCUAAGAAACUAUCCGCUUGUGCUGAUGAGAGCGAGUGGGUUUGUGUUGAUGGGUUUGAGCGCCAUGGUGGUUACGUUAUAGGCCCUGUUCCUUCUCACAGUGAAGUUGAUCAUGCUGUCUCUGCUCUCCAACAGGUGUUUGCGGACCAAGUUUCUUCUUCAGAUUCAAAAGUGUCUGACCCAGACUGGGAAGAACCCUCUUUGUCUUCAUAUAAUUCAGCAUCAUUGCAACCUAACAAUGCAUAUGAUAGAGUUUAUUAUGCAUUUCAUUUGUUGAAGAAUGAUCCUUAUGUUCAGAGAAUGGUGAAGUCAUUAUCAUCUGAUAAAGUUGUUUGGGAUGCUGUUCUGGAGAAUGAAGCUGUGCGGGAAUUGAGGGAGGCGAUCUCGGCAGCUUCCAUAUCAGAUGAGGAGGAGCAUGAUACUUCUGAUGACGAUGAUGGUGAUGACUCCUUCCAUGCAAGAAAUUUUGUUGUGAGGAUAUUUGAGAGUGCAAGAGCCAUAUUCAAGGAGAUUAUUGAGAAAAUUACUAAUUUAGUGAAUAAGCUGUUUCAACUUAUAUUUAACGGGAGGACACAUGCAAAUGCAGAAAGCCUGGAUGCUUUCAAUGACAAGCUGAGAAAUUCAUUUAUCCUUUCUAUCAUGGUCCUUAUGUUUGUGCUGCUGACUCGAGCUCAAGCUAGGGCUUGACAUAAUUUGUCUAAACGAGAUGUAGGACAGAAGUUUUGGAUUGGGACUCGCUGUUUUAUUCUUUUUCUGUUUUUUUUUGGGUCAUUUCUCAGAUAAAAAUAUUGUUUCAUGCUUGAAGUAUCAAUUGUGUUUAGCAUGAAAGCAAUGCUAGCAUUAUUUUACAAAUUUAUGGUUAAA